AUGGCUCCAUAUAUCUACACGGAUCUCCAAGCCGCAGCAAGCGAUUUGCGGCUGGUGGCUUUACAGCCAGGCAGUUACAACGAUAUUCUAGAAUGCAACAUUAUUCAUUGUCCGCUCCUCGAGCCAGAGGCGGCGGUCAAGGAUGAAAGGCUACCUGUCAGCGAAUUGCAGAAAACUCUGUCAGAUGGCUGGACAGUGGAUCAAACUUUGGAUGGACGAUACCUGUUCAUGAGCCCACGCAACUCGGGAAUCCCGAAUUCUUGGCAGCAUCCAGAUGCGAAUUGUGACCCAAAAGCGUAUGAUUUGCCAAAGCGUUCUGCUGACGAUACCGGGUGGCACGUACCUCCAUAUGAGGCCCUGUCCUACAGCUGGGGGACCGCUGAUAACGAAGAAUACAUCCACAUUACUGACCCAGCCGACCCCCUUCAAACGCCAUCCUGGCUACGAAUCCGAGCAAAUCUAGUUAGUGCAUUAAGACAUCUUAGAUAUCCUGAUCGGCAACGCCUACUUUGGGUCGACGCUAUCUCUAUCAACCAAACCGAUGAUGGUGAACGCGGCCGAGAAGUCAAGCGAAUGAGCCAGAUCUACCCACUUUCCGACAAAGUUAUAAUUUGGCUAGGUCCCGAGUCCGAAGACAGCAAGCUUGCGCUAGAAACCUUACAGUAUUUCAGUGAACAGGUGGAAUACAUUAUCUCUCAUCGAUGGGGCGAUGCACCAAACGCGCAGGAGCGCGACUGGUGGCGAGACGGGCAUACUCUGCCUUACGAAAAGAAGACCUGGGAAUCAAUAGAUUCGCUGCUCCAUCGGUCAUGGUUCGAACGUGUCUGGGUCUUGCAGGAAGCUCUUUCGUGCAACCGAGUGCAGCUCCAAUGCGGGCGAGACACUAUCUCAUGGGUCAGUGUGCGCAAGGCAUUGCUGGUUCUCAGACAGAAAGCAAGCAUACUGCCACCUGAAAUCAGAGGCCGCCUCUUGCCAUAUGCACGGGGCUUGAUGGCGCCACCACUUGCUUCAUCCGAGCACUUGCUCCUCUGGACGCGAAAUCAGCAAUGCUCAGACCCUAAAGAUAGAAUUUACGGAAUCUUGGGCCUUCUAGACCCUAGGAUUGUUGCCAAGAUUGAGGUAGACUACUCAUUUCCGGUCUGGAAGGUAUACUCGCAGCUUGUGCUAGCUGAGAAGGAAGUCUACCAGAAGUUGAAUAUGCUUAACCACUGUAACAUAUUAACGCGCUUUGAAGGAUGCCCAUCGUGGGUGCCAAACUGGUCUCAACCGGUUGAAGGUGCAAAUACGGGGUAUUUGAGCAUUCGAAGAUUUUAUGCUUCCGCACGUUCUAGUGCUGUUGCAAAGCUCAUCAAGCCGGCUUAUCAUCUGCAAGUCGUUGGGAGACGUGUUUCUACUAUCUGUCGUGUGGGCCGCAAUUUGACUGGUACAUUUACAGAAGUCAUCGAUGAGAUCUUUGAGUGGGCACCAAAAGAGCCACGCAGCAACAUAUACGUCUCAGGAGGACUUUCCAUUGAUGCAUAUGUUGAAGUGCUUGUGCGUGGCAGGACUAGCGACAGAGCCCAGGGCGAUAACCCGUGCCCGUCAAUCGGGCGACUCAGUCAGCUCUUGACUCAAGCAAUAACCAGCACUGAACUCGAUGACGAAGUUGCACGUGAAUUCAAGGACUGCUUUUUCAUGAACGAAUGCCUCUUCACUACCAGAGAGGGGUACCUGGGUGUUUCCGCAAAAGGUCUUCGUGAAGGUGACGAAGUUUCUGUAAUUCUUGGAUGCGACUUCCCCAUGAUCCUACGGCCUAGAGGUUCUAACCAAUACGAGGUCGUUGGGCCAUGCUUCGUAUAUGGUUUGAUGCUCGGCGAGGCCUUGAAGCCGCCCUUAGAGCCGCCUUGGAAAGAUGUGCUACCUGUUACUAGAGGCUGGGCGUUAUCAUACUUCCUCAACUCCCAGACAGGGGAGCUGCUGAAGAGUGAUCCAAGGCUUGGAUUAUUACCUACUGGUGUGGAAGAGGUGACAAUGCUCGAUCCGUUUUUGCCGCCUUUCGUAUUCAAGAAUAAGGAGAGUGGACACAUAAGCAUGAACGAUCCGAGGAUGUCAGCAGAAGCUAUCAAGCAACGAGGCACCGUGCUGGAGACUUUAGAGCUGAUAUGA